CAGGCUUGAGGGCGAGAGAAGAGCCCCAGAUGGAGGUGGCGCGCGACGGGGGUAGAGCUGUGGGCUCGUGAGACAGCGACACACUGGAAAGGCUUGCUUGCACUGCGUUGAUGAACUCGACCUGGUCCCGCACACAGCGCAGCAGCCCGUCAUGGGGGACGGUGGCGCGUCCUCGCCGGUGAACUUCCAGAAUGGCACGGGGAGCGAGGCGUCGGACGCACCGGGGUCCUCCGCGGCCGCGUCCGAGCAGUGGAUGGCGGGGAUGAGCCUGGUGAUGGGUUUGAUCGUCCUGUGCAUUGUGUUCGGGAAUAUCCUGGUCAUCGUGGCUAUAGCCAGGACGCAGAGGCUGCAGACGCUCACCAAUGUGUUCAUCGUGUCACUGGCGAGCGCGGACCUCAUCAUGGGGUUGCUGGUGGUGCCGUUUGGCGCCGCGCUCGAGGUGCGCGGCUCGUGGCUGUACGGCUCCUUUUUCUGCGAGUUUUGGAUCUCCGUGGAUGUCCUCUGCGUCACCGCCAGCAUCGAGACCCUGUGCGUUAUCGCCAUUGACAGGUACGUGGCCAUCACCUCGCCUUUCCGCUACCAAAGCUUGCUGACCAAAGCUCGGGCCAAAGCUGUGGUGUGCAUAGUCUGGGCCAUCUCUGCGCUCGUCUCCUUCCUGCCCAUCCUGAUGCACUGGUCCCGGGACAGCGUGGACACAGCCUGCUACGAGGACCCCGAGUGUUGCGACUUUGUCACCAACAGGGCAUAUGCCAUCUCCUCAUCCAUCAUAUCUUUUUACAUUCCUCUACUGGUCAUGAUAUUUGUUUACGCCCGCGUGUAUAGAGAGGCGAAAAAACAGCUGAGGAAAAUCGACAAGUGCGAGGGCAGGUUUCACAACACCUUAACCGGACUGACCUCCAAGUGCAAGAAGAGGCCGUCUAAAAUCCUGGCGCUCAGGGAGCAGAAAGCACUCAAAACACUCGGCAUCAUCAUGGGGACGUUCACCCUGUGCUGGCUGCCCUUCUUUAUAGUCAACGUCGUGCGGGUCUUUUGCGCCGAGGUGGUGGACAAGGACCUUUUCGUGUUCCUAAACUGGCUGGGGUACGUGAACUCGGCGUUUAACCCCAUCAUUUACUGUCGGAGCCCGGACUUUAGGAAGGCUUUCAAGAGGCUGCUGUGCUGCCCGAGGCAAGCCGACCGCAGGCUGCACAUCAGCUCCUGCGACCUGACACGGUGCUCCGGCGGGUUCGUGUCCUCUCUGGAGCCCGGCACUCUGGGGAUAUGGUCGGAUUGCGCCGGCUUGGACAACAGUGACAGCAGCCUGGUGGGGACCGCAAAGCUGUCUCACUCUGAAUCACAGCUAUGAGGGAAAACAUUCAACUUUUGUUGAGGUGGAUUACAACAGCCUGGAGGAAAGAUGCGUACAGCAGCGGGCGUUGACUCCUUUUAGCUUGUGCGUCUUUUGGGGGAAGAGCUGUACCUUACCUUAAAGCCUAAGUGGGUCGAUUUUUUUGUUUUUGCAUCAGAGAAAGCAAACAUCAAAUCAUUAGACGUAUCUGGAAGCCAUAUUUUCCUUUUUCAUAAAAAA